ACCCCCAAAAAGUUUAACAUUAUUUCAAAAUAAACAUUAAAAAAAAAAAAAAAAAAAACUCAUAUUUUCGAAUCCACCCCAUCUGACCAGAAGCAAAGGCUGAAAGAUGAUUCUGACUAUGGUGACGUGAAAGAUUGCGAGUGAAUUUUGCUGGGUUGUGUUGGUUGGUUGUUGAAUUUUGGUAUUACAUUCUCUCCUUUGUCUCUGCCGAUCAGAUUAGGUGGCAAAGUGAAUUAGUUUUGGUUCCUCCCAUUGUCAGCUGCUGCCAUUCUCUCUCCCUUUGUCUAUUCUUUGAUUUGUGGUGAUUUGUUUUUGCGGUGGAAAUUUGUUUUUGCAGUGGUUUGUUUUAAAUAGAGUAGAGAAAUAUAUAUUGAGUCUGACUAGAAUUAUCUACAAAUGAGAUAGUUGAAAUAACUUUUGGGAAUUAAAAUAAUUAGUUCUCUGAGACAUUUUCACAAACACCUACUCUACUCCUCCACAAGCAUGGCCUUCAAACUCAAACACUUGUUUUUCUUCUCAAUCCUAAAACCCCAGAAGCCCACCCUCUCUAACCUUCAUCUACUGCAGCAAUACCGAGGCAUAGCCAAAGUCCGUCUCAAAUGGGUCAAGAACCGAAGCCUCGAUCACAUAAUUGAUACCGAGACCGAUCUCAAGGCCGCUUGUCUUCUCAAGGAUGCUAUAAAGCGCUCCCCAACUGGUUUCCUCACUGCUAAGUCCUUUGCCGAUUGGCAAAAGCUUCUGGGUCUCACUGUCCCAGUUCUACGCUUUCUACGCAGGUACCCAACUCUCUUUCACGAAUUCCCUCACACUCGUUAUGCCAGUUUGCCUUGCUUUAAGUUAACGGACACUGCAUUGUUAUUAGACUCACAAGAACAAAGUAUACACAAAAACUGUGAGAGUGACACUGUGGAGAGGCUUUGUAAAUUGCUUAUGAUGAUGAAAACUAGGACUGUAUCGUUGCAAUCGUUGUAUCCUUUGAGAUAUGAUCUGGGUUUGCCCGAUAGUUUUGAUAAGAUAUUGGUUCCAAAGUAUCCUGAUCAUUUUCGAUUCGUUAAGGCCUCAAAUGGGAUUGUGUGCUUGCGACUCGCAGAAUGGCGUGAGGAAUUAGCCGUGUCAGCUUUAGAGAAGAGUAAGGAGAAUAAGAAGUCGAGUGAUGAGUAUAGGCAAUUCAAGAGUGGGAAAACUUCAUUGGUGUUUUCGAUGAGUUUUCCGAAGGGGUAUGGGGGGCAGAAUAAGGUGAAGGCAUGGAUGGAGGAGUUUCAGAAGUUACCGUACAUUUCGCCAUAUGAGGAUUCUAGGAGGAUUGAUCCCAAUAGUGAGCUUAUGGAGAAACGGGUUGUUGGGGUUUUGCAUGAGAUUUUGAGCUUGACUAUUCACAAAAAGACUAAAAGGAACUACUUAAGAAGCUUGAGAGAGGAACUGAAUCUUCCGCAUAAGUUUACUCGGUUAUUUACUAGGUAUCCGGGGAUUUUCUACCUGUCAUUGAAGUGUAAGACGACUACUGUGGCUCUCAGAGAAGGAUAUCGUCGAGGAAAACUUGUGGACCCUCAUCCCAUUGCUCGUCUCAGAGAGAAGUUUUAUCAUGUUAUGAGAACAGGGCUUCUUUACCGUGGUAAAGGUGUUAACUUGCUAUCUCAGCAAGGCAUUUUACUUAAUGAUAUGGAAGAUGAGACAGGACAAGAGACUUCUGAUGGGGAAGAGGUUGAAUCAGGUGAUGAAUGCUCAGAGGAAAUUUCAGAUGUAGAGGAAGAAUCUGAUGAAGAGUAAUGUUUGUAUGAUAGAAUUGAGGUUUAAUUAAAUAGCAAACAUCAUUACAGCUCAAGGUAAGAAAUUCUACUCAUAGUAAUGAAUUUAGAUCAUUCUUCUUUAAGAAUCAGGAUAACUAUGAUUUAAAAGGGUGAUUCAUCAAGUUUAUGUUGUUGGUGGAUAGAUUUGAUGAUUGAUGCAUACUGUUUGAUUCAAAUUUAAAGGGGCAAAAUUUAACAUUUGUCCAACAAAUGCUUGUUAUGCCUAUACAUUAUAAGCUGUUAUCAAUACUUAUAUGUAAAAAGGUAUAACAUUUAUGUUCAAAAACUUAAAAUGCCAAUGAGCUAUUGGUCACAAUUAAGCAACUCAUCUAUUGGUUGAAAUGAAGUUUACAAUCACUGUUUUUCUUAUAUUGGUAAGAUAAACACUCACCCAGACACCCAGUGGAUGUUGUUUUUUGAACCCUCGAGCUUAUCCUCCACCUUGAUCUUAUAAGAGGAGGGUGUGCAAUUUGAGCUCCCAUUGACUAGAAUCACUGUUAGUGUUUAGUGAAAUGAAGAUAUUUUUUAUGAUUGUAAGUGUAAAUUUUAUAUUUCCUGUUAGUUGGAAUAGAUUUAGCGGAAGAAUCUCUGGUUAAUCUUUGGUGUUGAAGUUCCUGCAUUCACUAUUUGAAGUAAAACCAUAGAAAAAGUAAAUAAGUAACAUUGACGUACAUAAGCCAGCUAGUUCAAAAGUUGAGGACCAAAUAUGAAAUUUAACCUAAUAAAAUUGAUGCACAUAAAGCUGUACAUGUUAUAUAUUACAACAAAUUCAGAAAAUUAAUCAAUGAAUCAGGUUACUUGCAAUGGUAAGUGAAUUCUGAUAUGGACAAAUGAGUUAUCCUACAUAUUCUGAUUUGCAUCAGAAAGAAGCAUCUUGAGAUUGAUCACCUUUGUAGCAAUGCAUGCAACUAGAGCUUUUAUAUUCAAAGCAAAGCAUGUUUUAAAUUUACCAGGUUGUGUGAGUUCAUUCUGAAAAUUAGGAUGUUAACCACUAUAGAACACCUUCUGACAUAAAUUGUUCCCACUAUUGGUAUUUCCAACCCUCAACUACUUUUGUAUUAUCAAGUUCGGUUGUACUGGUAAUUUGAAUUAAUGUAGAUGGCUUAUAAUGUUGAUUAAUGCCUAGCUACUGUGACUUGCAAUUUUUUGGUUUUGAGAGAAAGAACAAGAAGCUUGGUUGCCAUUUACAGUGGAGAAGCUGGCUUCCAUUGGAGUGCAAGCGAUCAAUAUGUGGAAGUCUCAUGAGGUUCAAAAAGCAUGUGAAGUUAAUUUAUGUGGAGAUGAUUUACAAGGGUGUGGAAAACUUCAAUCUGGGGAAAUAUCAAAAAACAUUUGAGGGAAUGUGAUGCAGUAACCAAUUCACCAAGGAAUAAUUGAUAGAAGAGCAUUGUAUCAUAUAAGCAACUGGAUUAUUACACUGGGAAGAAACAUGGCCCCGGUUUGGAUAGAUCAUCACCAUAUGACAGUAUAUAAGCAUCCCCUGUUUUGGUAACAAUCUCAACUACGGUUUGAACAAAGAAAUGAUCACACAAAUUUUGCUGCAUAACUUUAGAACAGCUUGAUUUGUGAAGUUUGCUUUCUUUGUAAGAAAGUUAUGAUCAUCUUGUGUACUUCAUUUGUCCAAAUUUACUUUGAAUAUGCGGUGACUACUAGGCGGAUAUCCUUUGUGUUUUAUCAGACCCGUUUUCUUUAAACCUUUGUAAAUAACUAGAUUCCAGAAUGAGAAAUUCCAAUUUUCAAGUGAGUAGACAGAUUUUUUUUUGUCA